CAAUGUUUCUAUUGUCCAAGAGGCACACGGGAAGUGGGGCGUUUUGACAGCAAGCAGGUAUUUUGAAGCAGAGCAGGUGUACAAGGAUACCAUGACAAGUACGUGUUGAGACACAAGCGUACACCCUUCUGAAGCCUUACACUGGGUAGCAAGGGCAUAUCAACCCAGCAGACAGCGACAAGGCCUAAAUCAAUGUUCUCCAAGGUCAAUGGAGUUGUAAAUGACAUCCGUCCACGUUGGGAUGAUGUGCUGCCUGUACCCAAACUCAGAUUCUCUGUGGCAUCUGUCCUCGUCUUCUGUCUGGCGGUGCUGUGUUUUGCGAACAGUUAUGACGGGGAAUUUGUUUUUGACGAUUACUUUGCCAUCACCACCAACAAAGACGUGCUUCCAGAGACCCCGCUAUCCACCGUUUUCGCUCAUGACUUUUGGGGGGCGCAGUUGGAGGAUGGAAGCCACAAAUCCUACCGACCCCUCACAGUGAUGACUUUCAGGUGGAGCUACUCAUGGGCGGGUGGACUACAUCCUCGGGGCUUCCACGUUGUCAACAUCGUCCUGCACGGCUUGGUGUCGGUCAUCUUCCUGGCAGUAUUCUCUGUCCUCAUGUCUGGUUACCAGGUGGACCAGGAAUCUGCCAGGCCGGUGUUUGCCUCGCCCCGAGCUGCUCUCCUGUGUGCUGUAUUGUUUGCUGUGCAUCCAGUUCACACUGAGAGUGUAGCAGGGGUCGUGGGUCGGGCAGACCUGCUGUGUGCCUUGACCUUCCUUCUAUCAUUCUUGCUGUACGCCAGGGCCUGCCUCUCAUCUUCAUGCUUGGUCAGCUACUGUUCCGAGUCCUUCUCCCUGGUGUCUAUACUGGCCAGUAUGUGUCUAUGUUUUGUCAGCUACCGUCCCGAGUCCUUCUCCCUGGUGUCUAUACUGGCCAGUAUGUGUCUGUGUGUCGUGUCCACCUUCUGUAAGGAGCAGGGCAUCACUGUCAUAGGUGUGUGCAGCGUGUUUGACGUCAUCGUUGUGUGUAGGGUGGAUCCGUUUCGCUGGCUUGGGUUGAAGAAACAGGAUUCUGAAGACAGGAUUAGCAACGUCAAGAAACAGCGUCGUCCCUACCCUUGGCUGAAGGCACUCGUCACACGUCAGCUCAUCUUGUUCCUGACUGGCAUCUCUCUCAUCGUGUCACGGCUGUGGAUAACGGGAUCAGCGCCCACAUUCUUAGUCAAAGACAAUCCACAUUCCUUUGUCGAGGUCACGUUCUACAGAGCUUUAAACUACAACUACCUCUAUGCCAUCAACACCUGGCUGCUUUUAAACCCAUGGUGGCUGUGUUGUGAUUGGUCGAUGGGCUGUAUACCUGUCAUCACCUCAUUGGCUGAUCCCAGAAUCCUGGCGGACGUACUUCUCUGGGCUGGGUUUGGGGUUUUAGCCUUCCAUUGUUAUCAUGGCCAACUUACAAAUGAUCGCAGGAUCCUGAUAAUGUCCCUGGCAGUGUUGGGAGUUCCCUUCCUGCCAGCCAGCAACCUGUUUUUCCGUGUGGGCUUCGUGAUCGCAGAGAGGAUUCUGUACCUGUCCUGUGCUGGCUUCUGUAUGUUGGUGGUGCUCGGGGUCAGACAGAUCUGUCUUCAUGCCCAUUCAACAACCAAGAAGCUUCAACUCAGGAUCGGGGAACUGAAUGAUGCUCUCAACAAUAAAGACUUUGCAGUGGAGAAAUACAGACUGACCAUGACAUUGAAUCCUCCCCAGCAAAUAGCAAUGAUUAAUUUGGCCGCCAUAAUGAAAGACAGAGGGAACGUCCAUGAGGCGGAGCAGCUGCUGGAGCGGGCUGUCAAUGUCAGCUCAAGUGUGCAGGGAAAAUCUUGGACCGACAAAGCCAUGACUAACCUCGCCCUCAUCCGAAUGAGCAAGGGAGACAAUCUGGGUGCGGAACGUUUGCUUGAAGGAGCUGUCAGCCUAAGAUCGGACAACACAGAGGCUAUGAUGAACCUGGGCGUAGUUAGAGCAAAGAUGAAGAAGAAUGCGCUGGCUGAAGCAAGUUUUCUUCAAUCCAUCCAGCAUAACCAGACAUGCUCAGACUGCUAUUAUAAUCUGGGUAACCUGUAUCGAGACGCAGGCCGCAGUGAUGAAGCGAUCAGGGCCUGGCAGAAUGCAACGACAGCCAACCCUGCACACGUCAGCGCAUGGAGAAACCAUCUCUUCUUUCUCCAUGAUCUCGGGAGGUACGAGCUUGCUAUAGCAGUUGGUAAAGAUGCUCUGAAGGCACUUCCUGGCGAUACUGAUCUGAUGUUCCAUCUGGCCAAUACUUACAUCAUGGUGGAUAAGUUCCAGGAAAGUGAGGACCUGUUCCUGGCUGGACUACAGAUAGACCCACACAGCGCCAAGUUCCAUCACAACCUAGGUGUAUUAUAUCAUCGAUGGGGAAAGAAUGAGAAAGCCGAGGCCGCCUUUACCCGGGCUGUAGAGCUUAACCCAGGUGACGCGACGUAUGUUAAAAAUCUUCAACUGCUGCAGAAGAAAAUGGGAAAGUUAAGUAAAGCCUAGAUGUCUGUGUGCAUAUGAGGACAUAGGAAACAACAGUGAAAUAUAGACCAUGACCUGUCCUGUCAGUUGGUUUCCUUAGAAGCUCUAAUUCCACCUGUUUCCCAGGUCAGAGAAACACGUAACAUUUCGAGGAUUGUAGCCAUAUGUUUCCUAAGUGAGAGGACAAUGCGUCAACAUGUCGAAGUCCGUCACCAUCUGUUUCCCGAGUUCAGGGCAAUGAAUCAAGGUUUAUGAUGACUUGAAGACAAACGUGGACCAAAAUCACCAGUCUGUCAGGAUUCAUAAUAUACUCAUGGAAACUAAUGAGGGAACACAUGAAAGUACAACUGAUCCUUUCUUCAUUCCCAGAAUUUCACCAACAGUGCAAUACAAACCUUGUGAAG